UGGGAGCCGCCAUCUUGCCACUUCCCCUCGCCCGGCCGUCCACGGGCGUCAAUAGCGACUUUCAGCACAAAACAAAGAUGGCGGCUGAGGCAUCUGGUGAAUGCCCGGAUGAGAAUGCCUCGAACGAACUGGGCCCCGCCCCCUUGGGAACCGUCCCCCAGGUUGCUGAAGGAACACACGCCCGAGGAGUUGCCUUUAACUAGCAGUGGGGACAAGCAGAGAUAGAGAGGCAAAUACCCGGAUGGUGAUCGCUGGCCUUUUCGCGCCAAUACUGCAAGUUCUCACAGCAACCUUGAGAGGGGAAGAGGCCCAACAGUCUCCCGCUCCCGCCAGCCGGUCAGCGGGACCACUGCCUUUCUCCGGCCCGUGUCUGCCGCUCUGGGGCAAGGUCUAGGGCAAGGUUGCGGCAUCUGCGUCAGAAAUCCGGGGGACUUGGCCUGCUGAAGCAGCUGGCUCCUGGGAGGCCAAGGCACGUUUUAGCAAAGCAGUUUAUCUUAAUUCUGGACAGACGGUGGAGGCCGCCCCGAGGUCUCCCGCGGCUCCACAUGAAGCCCGAGUCCAGGCAGGCCCUCUGCCACGUGGCUGUGGCCAGCUGCUUCUGCACAGCCACCGUCUACACGGGCGUGUUCGAUGGCAUCUUUGUCCAGCUGGGCUAUGAACACUAUGCGGAAGCCCCUGUCGCCGGCCUCCCCGCCUUCCUGGCCAUGCCCUUCAACUCACUCAUUAACGUGGCCUACGUCCUCUUGGGCCUGUAUUGGCUGCAGAGGACAUCCAGGGCCCCGGGGCGCCCCGUGGAGGCGCGCGGGGCUCGCUACCUGAAGGAUGUCUUCGCCGGCAUGGCCCUGGUCUACGGCCCGGUUCAGUGGCUGCGGAUCGCGACGCAGCUGCACCGCGCCGCCGUGCUGGACCAGUGGCUCACCCUGCCCAUCUUCGCGUGGCCGGUCGCCUGGUGUCUCUCCCUAGACAGGGGUUGGGACCCCUGGCUGUUCCUUGCCAUCGAGGGUCUCUCCCUGGGCAGUUACGGCCUCACCCUGCUACACCCCCAUGGGUUCGAGGUCGCGCUGGGCGCCCACAUUGCAGCUGCCGUGGCCCAGGCCCUGCGCGCUCACAGGCGCCACGGCACUGCCUCCUCGGGGACCUACUUGGCUCUGGGCGUGCUCUCGUGCGCGGGCUUUGUGGUCCUCAAGCUGUGCGACCGGCAGCUCGCUCGGUGGCGCCUCUUCCAGCGGCUCACGGGCCACUUCUGGUCCAAGGUCUGUGACGUGCUCCAGUUCCAUUUCGCUUUCUUGUUUCUGACAAACUUGAACACUUGCCAAAGCCCUCCUGAGAGGAAGAGACAUUCCAGUUUUCCCGGAAAAAAAUUUAAAAAAGAAGAGGAAGAAAUGGAAUGGGCGGCCGGCUCCGUCAGAAGAGCGCUUCACUCUGGAUCUCAGGGUCCUGCGUUCAAGCCCCAUGUGGGGGGCAGAGAUGACUUAAAUAAAUCAAAGAAAACUUAAGGAAAACAAGGGGACGUGGAGAGGAGAAGGGAGUUGGGGGAAACUGGAAGGGGAGGUGAACCAUGAGAGACUAUGGACUCUGAAAAACAGU